CAAGGGCGUGGUGGUUUUUUGUUACGAUCCGGCUUCCGCCCCCAAAAAGUACGCCCUCGACUUCGAUCCCUCUUUCCUUUCGGACGGGCGGAAUGCCAUGCGCUAGUUUAUCGAUCUUAUCUUUCCACUAGAACUCAUUUGAUUCAAUCGGGUACUGACUGCGACGAGCCUUCAAGCGGACAUGGCUAAUAGCUCGCAGAACUCCGAAUCUAAUCGAUUUAGAAGAAACAUUUCUGCCGUGUCUGUGGGCAUUCUGGUCGAUCGUCUUGAACCAUUACAAUCCUAAGCAUCGGGAGUGGAUAAAGCCAUGGACAGUGGUCAGCAAGUCUCUGAAGGCGAGGCUACUAUUGAAUCUCUAGAAAAAUCAGUUUUUACUAUUCCAGAACCAGUUAGGGAGGACCAAGUGCAAAAUGCUGUCAAUUUUUUGUCACAUCCGAAAGUGAGAGGUUCUCCUGUACUAUAUAGGCGAGCUUUUUUAGAGAAGAAAGGCCUCACAAAAGAGGAAAUUGAUGAAGCCUUUCGUUGUGUACCAGAUCCUUCAUUGAAUGCUGAAGCUGUUGAAGCUCCCAUUGCAGAUCAAGCUAAUAAAACAAUUACCCAACCAACAUCUGUAACAUUGCAACCACAAGUUCCAUAUCAGAUUUCAAAACAAUCACCUUCUAUUCCUUCUCCAACUACUAGCUUUCAUCAAUUGAAGUUUCAUUGGAGCCAAGCUAUUUUUGUUCUUGGGUUACUUGCUGCUUCAGGAGCUGGAAUGGCUGUGCUUUUUAAGAAGAUGUUUGUUCCCAAGUUGAAAGCUUGGGUUCGUAAGGUGGUUGCAGAAAAGAAUGAUUUCAAGUUGAUUAACAGAUCAAAAGCUAAUGUGGCUGAAGAAGCAGCAGAAGCUGCAAAAGCAGCUGCUUCUGCAGCAGCUGUUGUUGCUGUAGCAAGUCAAGAAUUUGUCAAUGCCAAACAUGAAGAGAGGAAGUACUUUGAGACAUUUACUAGACUAUUAGAUGUUCAACUUGAGGAGAUGAAGUCCAUUGGCAAUGUCAUACGUAAAAUAGAAGUUUCAAGAAAAGAAUUGACUGAUGAUAAUGAUCUGCACACGAAUAGGCAAUCAGACAUAUCGAAGGGUAUAAUCAACAAUCCAUGGGGAACAGAUCAAGUUGACCAUUCAAGCUCUUCUACUUUAGGUGCACAGCAUCAAAAAGUAAAUGGUUCUCUGAAUAUGAAAUUUGGAACAGUGAGGCCGUUAUCAAAUCCUCCAUCCACAAUACCUACACCACCACCAUCCCAUCCCAAAUCAUACAUGGAGAUCAUAGAAAUGAUACAAAGGGGGGAAAGACCUCCUAACAUCAAGGAUAUUGAUGACAGUCCUCCCAAUCCUAACCAACCAAUAGCUAAACCUUGUCUACCUCCUAGACCCAAGCCUUGGGAAGUCAGUCAGCAAGGAUCCACUUUUGGUCUUCAAUCCAAAGCAAAUGGCCUCAGGUUGAAUUCUGAAGUUUAUAACUCUCAACUAAAUGAGAGCCAUUCAACUGGAGUAGAGCCUUGGCAGAGUAAGCAAUCAAUUCAAAUCUCUGAGAUCGAAUCUGACCCAGAAGAGCAGUUUUACGAUGCAGUGAGAUCCAUUGGAAGCCCCAUGAAACGAGGAUGGGUUCCAACAGAGCCACCAGCAUUUCUAAUGCCAGAAGCUGCAGAUGCUAUUAGGCAGCCAAAAUCAUCCACUCAGAGGCAGCAAUCAGGUGACGAUAGCUUGAUGAUCUCCUCUAGCAAUAUCCACGCCGACAAACCCCAAAAUUCUGGCAGCACUUUGACAGAUCUCAAUUUAGCUACAGAUCAGGAAAGGGGUGCUGGUGUAGAAAUCAAGUAAAUACUAAAAUGGCAGACAAUUGAAAGUAUCUCAGAGUAUUUUGUGCUAUAUUUUUCUUGAUUCAGGAGAUAUGCAUAGAUAACAAAUAUAGCUAUAUUCUGUCUGAAUUAAAAGAACCUGCUUAUUUUUUUUAUAACCAAAAAGUUUCUAAUGUUC